AUGUCUAACACGAUAAAUACGGCUAAGUUGGCGCUAAUAUCUCAAGGGGCAGCCUAUGGCCUGCUUAUUGGGCUGGGAGUCGUUUUCUGUGGAGUUAUUCUCAUCGCAGUCACGGUCCAGAAAGCGUAUCUGGCAGAAGAUUCUGGGAAAUCUGAAAUGUUCAUGGUCGCCAACCGAUCUGUUGGUACUGGUUUAACUGCUUCGGCUGUCUUUUCAUCGUGGAUGUGGAUUAAUGAGACGGUUUUGGCGGCUGCGAUGUGUUAUAGGUAUGGACUUGCUGUUCCUUUGUGGUGGGGAUCUGGUCUUUGCUUCCAGAUCGCAUUGAUGGCCGCUCUUGGCGUCAUGGCCAAGAUUCGGGUGCCUUAUGCUCAUACAUCGCUUGAGAUUGUCCGUAUGCGGUAUGGAAAGAUUGGGCAUCUCAUUUUUAUUGUGCUCAAUCUUGUGAACAACGUUUUCGGGUGCGCUUCUAUGAUCAUGACUGGAUCUCAACUGAUCUACGGUGUAUCUGGGAUGCACUUUGUUGCAGCGACCAUUUUGAUUCCACUUGGAGUGAUCCUCUAUACAGCAGUCGGUGGUCUGAAGGCUACCUUCCUGACUGAUUUCUUGCACACGGCGAUUGCAUUGAUUCUCAUCAUCUAUUUCACGAUCGCCGUUUUGACCAACUCAGAAGUCGGUGGACUGGGUGGUCUGUAUGAUAAGGUUGUUGCAACAGCUGGAGAAAAUUACAUAUCAGGAAACUAUGAAGGUUCUCUUCUUACAUUCAAGUCCAAGAACGCAAUCAUCUGGGGUCUGAUUCUCAAGUUCGGAAACCUGGCCCUGGUUGUCAUGGAUACCGCAUUCUGGCAAAAGUCCUUCGCAACCGAAGUCCAAGCCACGGUGCCAGGAUACAACAUCGCCGCCGUGGCUGUAUUUGGCAUCCCAUGGGGCCUGGGAACAGUCCUUGGAUUAACCGCCCGAGCAAUCCACAAUACCCCGAUCUUCCCAACGUACCCUGGUACUCUCACAUCGACAGAAGUUCGCAUGGGAAUGGUCAUGCCCUAUACCAUUAAAGCACUGAUCGGAGACAAAGGCAUCAUCGGAUUCUUCUUCCUGCUCUUCAUGGCCCUGACCAGUACAAUCUCGUCAUCCAUGAUCGCUGUCAGCAGUAUACUGUCAUACGAUCUCUACAAAACUUAUCUCAAUCCCAAGGUGACAGACAAACAACUUGUACGUGUUAGUCAUUUGACUGUAGUGAUCCACGGCGUGUUUAUCACGGGUAUUUCGAUCGCGAUGAACUACGGAGGUGCCAAUAUGACUUGGAUCAGCUACAUGCGACCGAUCAUCUCAUGUCCUGGGAUCAUACCACUUAUUUUCACUUUGUUCUGGUCUCGUCAAACUAAAUUGGCAGCCAUUGUCUCUCCUGUUCUUGGCUUUUUCACAGGCCUUGCUGUCUGGCUCGCAACGGCCAAGUCAAUGUAUGGUGCCGUUGACAUUGCCGCUACUUCAAAUAACUAUCCCGCGCUCUACGCUGCUAUCGCAUCUUUUUUCUCACCGGCCCUCUACUCAGUUAUCUUGUCGCUUUACAGGCCGUCCACAUUCGAUUGGAGGGAAUUCUUACGCAUUGAGCUUGCAGAUGAGGCCCGGAUUCAUCCGGCGUCGGACACGAGCACGCUCAACGAAAGCAGCGAGGAAGAUCAAAAAGAUGAAAAGCGAGUUAUUGGAUCUGUUAAGUCAGUUGCCGACAGACCGUCGGAAGCGAACACCGAUCCCGAGCAUAUCGGUCCCAGCGAAAAGAACACCCCGACAACUGUCUCAUCACCGGCCUCAGUUGAGUAUAGUUUGGACAACAUCCAACAUCCAUUCGACGAUGCGACUCUCAAAGAGUUAUACCGAUGGCUCAAAAUCGCCUGCUACAUGUUCGUAGCCAUCGUGUUAGUAACAUUUGUCGCCUGGCCAUUGCCUCUCUACCGUGACUAUAUCUUCACAAAGCCGUUCUUCGCAGGCUGGGUAACGGUUUCUAUCAUCUGGCAAUUUGGUGCAUUUGGGGCUGUUGUCGUUUAUCCGUUGUAUGAUGGGCGACGCGAGAUUGCGAUUGGUGCUCGAGGUAUUUGGACCUCAUCUUUAAAGUACUUCGGCAAGAAACAAGCAGCCUAG